UAACAGAGACACAAGAAGCAGAAGAACCGCUGUAAAAUAAUAAUAAUAAAAAAUCUAAAAGACGAUAGAGGAAGAGAAAAACUGUGAUGAUGAGAACCUCCAGACAAACGCGCGGCAGUGGGACUUGGAGCUUGGCCGGCGGGAGAAACGUUGUGGGGAAAAUCUGGAAAAAAGAGGAAAAAAGGUCCGUUCAAGCUCGAGCUGUGAGGAAUUUGAAACAGUCAGUGUACUUAAUGAAGUACCUGGGCUGGAUGUUCACCUGUAUGCAGGUGUUUGAUGAGGAGGCCAAUGAUGUAACUCCACGGCCACUGUACCAGCCAGAUCCAGGGUCACAGACCACAGUCAGCAGGCUCCUGCUUGAUGAAAGCUUUGCUGACCACACUGCAGCCACCGGGAGCUUCACUGGGUCUUCGUUCAGGUCAGAAUUUGGCAGCAGCCGCCAGUCUAUUGUAAAUUCUGUAAAAGAAAAGAAAAAAACCAAAGAGACGGUGAAAACAGAAGUGACAGAAGACAUGCUGAAACAGACUGUUCAAGUUGUUUUAACUGAGACAGACAGCUUUUCCCUGCUGGACAUCCCCACCACCAGAGUGUCAGCAGGUGCUGGUGAUGCAGAAGCCAUCAAAGAGAGAAAUAGUCGGUAUGCUGAGGUCUGCAGGAAACAAACUGAGAAUAAAUCUUUGGAGAAGUCUGUUCAGACAUUUAAUGGACUGACAAAAAACAAAUGUGUCCAGUGUAGCAGCCGCGUCAUGGUGGAUGCAGCCACGACUGUUUUCAACCUGGACAACCCUGAGCAGGAGGAAACACUGAAUCCAGUGGAAACCCCUGAAACUAAAGUCACUGCGUUGAGCUCACUGAAAGGAGCGGAAGCUUCUGGAAGCAGCUCAGACGCUCAGCUGGACCUGCAGCUCCUCAUGAUGUCAGAGAAAUUUCAUCACUCUGUGUUUGUGAUGGAAAGGAGCAUCCUGCGCAACAGUUUCCAACCUCUGCUGUCGACCUGCAGACAGCUGCCCCUACUAAAAGAUCCAGACGGGCUGUGUCAACAGGAGGGAGAAGAGGAUGAAGGGGAGGAAGAGGCUCCCCUCUCUCCUGCCUUGAAGCGUCUUUGGGCUUUUAGCAGUGAGCUCAGCAGAGGGUGUCGUGUCAGCUGCAUGGCCUGGAACAAGAAGAACCUGGAUCUCUUGGCGGUGGGAUUUGGGGACUUUGACUUCAGCAAUAAGAAGCCAGGUCUGGUGUUAUGCUGGUCCCUCAAAAACCCCCUGUGGCCUGAGCGUGUUAUCCACUGUGGCAGCGCUGUGACUUCUCUGGAUUUCUCAGCGAGCAGCCCUGCUCAGCUGGCUGUAGGGAUGUGUGACGGCAGCAUAGCCAUCUUCAAUGUGCAGAGUCCGCACAUCGACACACACGUCUUCAGCAGCAAUAAAUGUUCUAACAGGCACACUGGACCAGUGUGGCAGCUCAAGUGGAACCAACAAGAGUUGAGCUUCACAGGAGUGGCAAAGUCAGAGUCUCUUUUCUCCGUGGGUGAAGACGGCAGAUUCCGCCAGUGGUCCGUCGUCAGAGGUGGUCUUGAUUGUGAAGAGCUGCUGAAGCUCAGGAGGAGGGAUACAAUACAGAGGAUGCCUGCUCUGUGUUUUGACUUUCAUCCCACCGACUCCAACAUCUAUGUGAUGUCUACAUGGGAAGGUCACAUGCACAAGCGCUCCUGCUCCAACAAUCAGCAGGUUUUAGCAACUUACAAGAAACACUUUAGUCCUGUGAACUGCAUCUCAUGGUGUCCACUCAACCCUGAUGUGUUCUUGAGCUGUUCCUCUGACUGGACCAUCCAGCUGUGGAACCAGGACAGCCCGGACCCUGUGUUAGGAUUCAGCUCCACCCACAGGGCUGUAAACGACAUCAAAUGUUCCCCAAAGUGGGCCUCUGUAUUUGGAGCUCUUACUGAAGAACAACUUGAGAUCUGGGACCUGAAUGCAAGCAGUCAGGUGCCAGUCAUUGUGCAGCCCUCUGCUCCAGGAGUGAAGAUGACGUCCCUGCUGUUUGCGUCACACAUAAACUGCAUUGUGGUAGGAGACACCUGUGGACAGGUGACCGUCUACCAGCUCAAACACCUUGGAGGCAAAGGAAUCGAACAGGGAAACACCAUCAAUCAGCAGACUGAUACCAGAGCUCCGUUGAGUGUCGGCCUGGUCUCACCAGACCUGAGCCACGGGACUCUGGCUGAUGAAGGUCCACAAUGUGCUGCAACAGCUUCUGAUCCUUGACUUUCAACCUACUGACCCCUG